AUGGAAAGACUGGGAAGAGAAGUACGAGCUAGCUUACAACGAUUAAGUGAACAAAGCAAAAAGGACGGGCAGCACACAGUUACAUUCAAAACAAGAGAAAGUACCACAAGAGACGAAGCAACAGGCGAAGAAGAACAAUUGCCAAUUGAAGAAGAAUUAACGUCGGGAUCAAAACAAGAAUCUUCGAACAAGGAUUAUGAAGAACAAGGUAAUAGCUUUGCAGCAUUACGUAAACGAAUUCAACACCGCAGGUUACAAGAAACAUCACAACGACAACGAUCUUGUACUCGCACCGAAACAACACAAGGGGUAGAAGAUUGGGACGCAAAAGAACCCGAAGUUUUUCUAGGAACAUAUUUCGUCCCUCACGUGUACAUUACUGGACUACCACAAGACGUAACCAAUAAACAAAUAAAACUGGUGUUUUCAAAAAGUGGCCAAAUCAAGACUAUCGGCGGCACAGAACAAGUUUAUGUGUACCCAAUGUCCCUCAAUGGCUUCAAAUGUGCGUCGGUCGAGUACACAAGCACAAAGGAAGCAACACAAGCAAUUUGCGAUUUCAACAACAAGGCAUUAUUCAUAUUUCAACAUCAUCCAAUAAAAGUUGAUUACAGUAAGAACUAUCAAAAAUUCGUAAAUCGCAAACAUCGAUACCCAGGUCGACUGUCACGCUGAAGUCGCGGCGCGACUCGCGAUAAAAAUUCGCGCCGCGAACGCGCUACACGAUCGCUAAGAUUCUCGCGAAAUAAGUCGCGAUUAUCAUUGAUUGAUUCUCUUCAUUCGCUAUUGUCGCGUCGCGAUUAUAUUAUAGUCGCUAUACCCAAUUAUUGUUUGUUCUACGCUUUAUCUGUCGUUCGAUCCAGUUAUAACAACAAAAGGAUUCACAAUGCGUACUUUUAUCUCAUGCUUCUCUUUAGUUUAGGAGUCUGCUCUUAGGUAACGGAAAAUGGGAUUAAUUCGUAUAAUAGUCGACUAAAACUUCGCUGUUUUCCCAAAUUUAUCGCUGGUUCAGUUAAGAACAGGACCAAUUGACAGUUAUUACACUACGCAGCUUGUGUACCGGCCAAAACGAACGAUAAAUUUGGGAAAACAGCGAAGUUUUAAUCGACCAUUAUACGAAUUAAUCCCAUUUUCCGUUACCUAAGAGCAAACUCCUAAACUAAAGAGAAGCAUAAGAUAAAAGUACGCAUUGUGAAUCCUAGUGUUGUUAUAACUGGAUCAAACGUUAACAAGUAUAUUUUUCUUUCAUAAAAAAUUUAGAAUGGGUUUCUGAUAUUAUUACCUCUCUGGCUAUAGCUGCAUCAUGUUUUACUCGGACUUUUCUUCGAGAACAUGAUGCACUCACUUUUUGAAAUUUACAUCGAUCCUACGAUGCCUUCAGUACGCCACAAUUUCUGUCUAAAAUGGUAAAAGACAUUUUAG